AUGAGAACGGCGGGUCCGAAAACGUCCGUCGAGGACCGGCGCAGAGGCGAAAUCGCGCUCAGCGAAUUCGCAGAAUAUGCCGACAAGCAGCAGUCGCAGCGCUCGGCUCAUCUGGCCCUGCUUGACAAUGGCAUCACCACCACCACCACCACCACCGCCUCCCCUGGAUGCGAAGCCCCCGCCCAUGAGGAUCACGCUGAACUAGAGAUCCUAGACCAGUUAGGGCUGUCUGACGAUCCGAAGACUGUGAGAUUGAAGGACCUUCUGCUGAGGACAGGGGAUCAUCCCGAGGAAGACCUGCAGGUCCUCGCGGGGAUUCUGCAGGCGCGCAUUGAUGAAGGCCAUGGGGAGACGAUCUUCGAUCUCGGCCUCGAAGACGGCGGAGAGUCGAUGGCCUUUGACCUGGACAACUGGAAGGCGGCUUUGCAACGGUUGCGCGACGCUGCAGAUUCUCUACCAGCUCAUUGUCGCAUCCUUCUGACCUACAAUGUGGGCGGCCCCGAAGAGUCGCGCGUCAAGAACGAGCGAAUAAAAGGGGUCUGGGGCAAGAUUCUGAUCCGGCAGCCCGCGGACACCGUGGAGGAAAUGGCGGAGAUUCGCGUCGCCGUCGUGGGGAAUGUGGACGCGGGCAAGAGUACCAUGCUGGGAGUCCUCGUCAAGGGGGGUCUAGACGAUGGCCGUGGGAAGGCCCGCGUGAACCUUUUCCGCCACAAACAUGAGAUCGAAAGUGGACGAACCAGCUCUGUGGGGAUGGAGAUUAUGGGGUUCGACAGCCAUGGGGAGAUUGUAAGCAGCUCCCAGGGCCGCAAGCUCUCGUGGGAAGAGAUUGGGAAGCGCUCGGCCAAGGUCAUUGCCUUCUCUGACUUGGCGGGCCACGAGCGUUAUCUCCGGACUACCGUGUUUGGGAUGCUGAGCAGCAACCCGAACUACUGUCUGUUGAUGGUCGCCGCCAAUAACGGCCUGAUCGGCAUGAGCAAAGAGCACCUGGGGAUUGCUCUGGCCUUGAAUGUGCCCGUCAUGGUUAUCAUCACCAAGAUCGAUAUCUGCCCGCCCCAGAUCUUGCAGGAGACGAUUUCCCAACUGACCAAGAUUCUCAAGUCUCCUGGAGCGCGAAAGAUCCCCAUUUUUGUGAAGGAUAUGGAGGAGACUAUUAACACGGCGGCCCAAUUCGUUACCCAGCGGAUCUGUCCGAUUUUUCAGGUCUCCAAUGUCACCGGAGAAAAUCUGGAGCUUGUCCGGACUUUUUUGAAUAUUCUUCCUCACCGCGGCCAAUACAACCCUGACGCGCCCUUUGAAUUCUUGGUCAACGACACGUUCUCGGUCCCCCAUGUUGGUACGGUGGUGUCCGGCGUGGCGAAAUCCGGGGUGAUCCACGCGGGUGACUCCGUUCUGGUGGGACCUGAUUCCCUCGGCCAAUUUACCACGACCACGAUCAAGUCAAUCGAGCGCAAGCGGAUCCAGGUGAACGCUUGUUUUGCGGGCCAGUCUGGCUCCUUUGCCUUGAAGCGUGUACGGCGGAAAGAGGUGCGUAAGGGCAUGGUGGUCCUCAAGAAGUUGGACCAGCCGCCCAAGGUUUUCCGCGAGUUUGUUGCCGAAGUUCUCAUUCUGUCCCAUGCAACUACCAUCAAACCUAGAUAUCAGGCGAUGCUUCAUGUCGGUGCCGUUAGCCAGACUUGCUCCGUCAUCGACAUCGAUCGUCCUUUUAUCCGGACAGGAGAUCGUGCAUUAGUUGCUUUCCGGUUCAUGCAACGCCCUGAAUUUCUUGCUCCUGGUGAUCGAGUGCUCUUCCGAGAGGGCAAGACCAAGGGGUUAGGCAUUGUGAAGAGUGUCGGAUACGAUGCCAGCCAGCCUUUGAAUGCUGAGGCGAGAAAAGAGUUUGAACGGAAGGAAAAGCAACAAUCCUAG